GUGAGUGAGGCACACAGGAAACAAAGUGCAGGAAGACGAGUAAGUUUCAUUUGCAAAGGUUGAGUGGUGCAAUAUUUUCCUCACUGCAUGCUAGUGAACAAAGUGAAGGAGAAGAUGUCCAGGCAAGGACCCCUCUGCCUGCUCACCUGCAUGGCAGCCAUGGCUGUCUCUUCAAUGGCUUUCAACAUAGAUGAAGCAAACCCCAAAAUCUACAAGGGGGAGGAAAAGGAUUUCUUUGGUUACAAGGUCCUGCAGUUCAUUUCUGGCAAGGAGAAAGGGGUAAUGGUCAGUGCGCCAUAUCAGAAGAAUGGAUCUGGUGGAAUCUGUAGAUGUGCUCAAGACCGAACAAACUGUACAGACUGUUACACUCCUCAAGAAACUGACACAAUCAAGUACAUUGGACUGUCUAUGGUUGCACAACCUACUUCUCCUCCAACGUUCACUGCCUGCAGCCCUGGCCUGGCACACGAGUGUGAUGGGAACUCCUAUCUGAACAGUAUCUGUUAUCAGUUCAACAGCCAGCUCCAGAUCACCUCGAACUUCACACCUGCUUUCCAAGAAUGUACUAAGAAAAUAGUGGACCUCGUUUUCCUCUUUGACGGAUCAGCAAGCAUGACAACGGAAGAAUUUGAUGAGAACAAAGGUUUCAUAAACAAUAUCAUGACAACCCUAAAAAACUCCUCAAUUAAGUUCGCAGCGGUUCAGUUCUCAACAAACACCAGGACAGUUUUCAACUUCAGAGACUACCAAGAGGGGAGAGCCUUGACUAAACUUUGGAAAGAAGAGCACAUGGCUGAUCUAACCAACACACAUAAGGCAAUAGACUUUGUCUUGAAAAACAUUUUUGAAAACCAAGCUGCCGGCGCCACCGCAGAUGCAACUAAAGUACUGGUCAUAAUAACAGAUGGAAAUCCCAGCGAUACUGAUAAAAGGUUCAACUCUAUCGAAAGAAGUGAUAAGAAAAACAUCAUCCGCUUUGUCAUCGGGGUCAAGAACGUUGAUUUGACGAAACUCAAGUCCCUGGCAUCAGAGCCAAAAGAGAACAACACUUUCCUCAUCCAGGACUACAACGGACUAAAAGGAAUCCUAGACAACUUUCAAAAAAAGAUCUUCAACAUUGAAGGUUCCAAGACUGCUCUGGCUGGAAACUUGACUAAAGAAAUGUCUCAGAGUGGGUUCAGUGCUGUCUACGUUAACAAGGACACCUUGGUUCUGGGCUCAGUGGGAUCAAACAACUGGCGUGGAUCUCUCUUUGAGACUGAGGGUCUGAGAUCAGAGGAAAGGGAAAUUCAGGACCCCACAUUGGACAAAGAUUCCUAUAUGGGAUACUCUGUAGCUGUUGGGAAGAAGAAUGAGAACCUUCUAUACUUUACCGGAGCACCAAGAUCUGAACACAUGGGACGGAUCCUACUUUUUAACAAGGUUAACAACAACUGGACUGUGGCACAAAGCUUGCCUGGAGAACAGAUGGGCUCCUACUUCGGUGCAGAGCUGUGUUCUGUGGACAUAGACUCAGACGGCAACACAGACUUCCUCCUGGUGGGUGCACCAAUGUUUCGCCAACCUCCGAGAGAGGGCAGGAUCUACGUCUACACACUGACUGAUAAGCUGGAACUGAGGAUGGAGAUGAAUGUUUCAGUGCCAUCGCAGGGUAGAUUCGGCUCCUCCAUCUGCUCUCUCACAGACCUGAAUGGAGAUGGGCUGAAGGAUGUAGCUGUGGGCGCUCCACUUGAGGACGAUCACAGGGGGGCCGUGUACAUCUACCUGGGUGAAAAGCUAAAGGGGAUCCGCCCUGAAUUCAGCCAGCGCAUCUCAGCUGUGAUGAUGAGAUCUAAGCUCCAGUUCUUUGGCCAGACGAUUGAUGGGAAGAUGGACCUGGGUGAGGAUGGACUGACUGAUAUCGUAGUAGGAGCGCGUGGUGCAGUUGUUGUCUUGAGGUCCAGACCGGUCCUCAGCGUCUCUGCUCAUCUCCACUUCUAUCCCGCGGAGAUCAGCACUGAUAGAUUUGACUGUCUGGCAAAAGAGAUCAUUUCCCCCAUGGUCACUUUAACAGCCUGCUUUAACAUGGCAGAGGCAACAAAGAGUAAAGCUGAGGUGCUGAGUGCAGGGAUGAACGUCUCCUACCUGCUGGAUGUGGAUCCAGUGAGACAGAGGAGCCGAGCCUUUUACAGUGACACGAACAAAGGGGCCAGAAGACUUCUCUCUUCUGUGGAGCUGAGAAAGGAGCGGACCUGCUUCAACCACUCAGUCUACAUGACACAAUGCGUGAUCGACACAUUAUCGCCCAUAAUCAUCCAACUAGUUUUUUCUCAAUCUGAAAGCCAACAAGAGGGUCUUACUGCCAUUCUGAAUACUGACAGUCCUACACAGGCUGUGGUCGAGGUGCCCUUUGAAAAGAACUGCAAAGAAAAUGAAACAUGUUUGGCAGAGCUUGAGGUGGACUUCAACUUCAUCACAUCAACUUUAUUAGUGGUGGACCAGAGUUACUUCAACGUGACUAUAAGACUGUCCAAUCACGGGGAUGACUCCUACAACACCAGUCUAACUCUCCUCUACCCUCCUGGCCUCUCAUUCUCCAUGAUGCAUCUUCUGAAGUCUACAAGGAGAACGGUGUUCAGCUGUGGUGGUCUGGAAGGUGAAAUGGACAGAACUACAUGCAGUGUCAGCCUCCCUGUCUACCGUAGUAAAACCACAGCAGUGUUCACCAGUAAAUUCCAUAUUUUGAAUACAUACGACUGGAAGGACACAAUGGAGAUGACCGUCAUCGGACUGAGUGACAACGGAAACUCAACCAAUAGUUCCCUUACCAGGACCAUCCCUGUUCAAUUUGCAGUUGACCUGGUAGCAAAAGCCCUUCCCCAAGUCUCCACCACUUACAUGAACUUUACUCUGGAGGACACAUCACCUACAAGACUGGUGAAUGUAUAUGAGGUGGAGAACUUGGGAUUUAAGUCUGUACCAAUCACAGUCACCUUCACCUUCCCAACUAAACUUGAGCACAAAUUUGAAAUGAAGGACUACCAAAUAUCUGUCUUACAGAACCAUACUCAAUGUGGAAAGAUGAUCAAUUCAACAACAGAGUACUGCUCUCCAGAAAAAUACUGCAAGUCCAUCGAGUGUGAAAGUUUCCUUUUGAAGACGUUUUUGACAGUUACAUUUGUGCUGUCUGGAAAUGUUUCCUUCAAGGACCUUGAUCAACAUGCAAGGAGAUUGUCAUUGCCAAAGAAAUUCACUGGGGAGAGAGAAACAGUCCAUUUCAUCAGUUUUGUCAAACUCAGCUAUGACAAAAAACGAUAUGUCCAGACAGCAAGUGACCCAAGGGAUAACUCUUCAAGCUUCCACCAAACACAGAUUGAUGUUCAGGCUGAGCUCAUCAUUCCUCCCCAUAGAAACCUGAUAAUAGGGACAGGAGUUGGAGUAGGACUCUUCCUCCUGAUCAUCAUCACAAUGGCCAUGUAUAUGCUGGGAUGUUUCAAGAGAAAAAGGCCUGUUGAUAAUGCACAGGAAGAUGCGAAAGAAGGGGAACAGCGUGAACAAGAGCUACAGCCUGAGAGUGGAGCAGUGGAGUCAAACCUUCUCCUUGAUGAAAGUCAAACAGAAAACAAUGGCUUCCCCAUUAGUGAGGUGGUAGGGGAGGGACUAAAAGAGAAACAGGAUGUGUCAGUCAGAAGCAGUCUAAUGGAGUAGAGAAACUCUUUUCAUGCCACUUCCAUAUGGAAGGGACUUUUUAAUAGCAGGUUAGGAGAACUUACGCAGCAGGUUAAGAUAAUUAAUGCAGCAGGUUAGAGAAAGGAGUAGAGGUCCGAGCAAAAAAAACUUAGAUAUAGAAUAAUUGUUCGAUUAAUUAAUAUAGAUUUUGACCUGACCCCAGAACCACGCAUAUCACUCAAUAUGUGAUUAAGUCUGAAAUACUUUUUCAAAAAUAGAUGUUUCAUGGACAUUUAUGUUUUUUUUUUACCUUUAUUUAACCAGGCAAAUCAGUUAAGAAUGCAUUCUUAUUUUCAAUGGCGGCCUGGGAACAGUGGGUUAACUGCCUGUUCAGGGGCAGAACGACAGAUUUGUACCUUGUCAGCUCGGGGGUUUGAACUCACAACCUUCCGGUUACUAGUCCAACGCUCUAACCACUAGGCUACGCUGCCGACAUUUAUGUUUGAUAAAACAUGACCAAAGUGAUUCAGUAUUAUACAUACUAUAUAUACUGUUUCAAUGUUUAUGUCAAGAUAAAAAAUAUGACUUUGUAUGAUUGCUGUAAUGUCAUAAAUUUAAAUGACUAUGGUCUUGCUAAAGAAAUGUACAUUAUACUGUAAGAUGUACAGUAUAUAAAUAUAUACACAAGUAUGUGCACACCCUUUCAAAUGAGUGGAUUCGGCUAUUUCAGCCACACCUGACGCUGACAGGUGUAUGAAAUUGAGCACACAGCCAUGCAAUCUCCAAAGACAAACAUUGGCAGUAGAAUGGCCUUACUGAAGAGCUCAGUAAUGCAUAGCCAUAACAUGAUGCAGCCACCACCAUUUCUUGAAAAUACGGCGAGUGGUAGUCAGUGAUGUGUUGUGUUAGAUUUUUAGCAGUAUUUAUUUUGCAGAGCCUUAUUUCAAGCAGAAUGCAUGUUUUGUAAUAUUAUUAUUCUGUACAGGCUCCCUUCUUUUCACUCUGUCAUUCAGAUUAGUAUUUCGGAGUGACUACAAUAUUGUUGAUCCAUCCUCCAUUCUCUCAUAUCACAACCAUUAAUAAUUCAAUUCUGUAACGGUUUUAAAAUCACCAUUGCCCUCAUGAUGAAAUCCCUGAGCAGUUUCCUUCCUCUCCGGCAACUGGAUGGACGCCUGUAUCUUUGUAGUGACUGGGUGUAUUGAUACACCAUCCAAAUCCUAAUGAAUAACUUCACCAUACGCAAAGGGAAAUUCAGCGUCUGCUUUAAUCAUUUUUACACAUUUACCAAUCUGUGCCCUUAUUUGCGAGGCAUUGAAAAAUCUCCCUGGUCUUUGUGGUUGAACCUGUGCUUGAAAUUCACUAAUUGAUCAAGUGGUCUUAGAGAUAAUUGUGUGUGUGUGUGUGAUUUGUUAAGCACAUUUUUACUCCUUAAAUCAUUUAGGCUUGCCAAAACAAAGGGGUUGAAUGGUUAUUGCCUAAAGACAUACAUCUACAAACAAACGUUCACCGACAUUAUGGGUGGUGUGUGGAGAUCAGUGAAACAAAAUAUCAAUAUAAUCAAAGUCAGGUCAGGUUGUAACACGUGGAAAAAGUGAAGGGGUGUGAAUACUUUCUGAAGGCAUGAAAACCUUUACUUUCAGUUGUACAUGUUACUUGUUUCAUUUCAACUUUAAGUGGGUAGAGUAUACAGGGGGAAGUACUAUAUAUUCAAGAUCUGGUGUAUUUGUUAAUUGCACACCAAUAUACUUUUGAGUUACUGUAAAUACUAAGUUGAGAAAAAUUCAUGAUCAGAUCAUUAAAAAAACAUGCAACAUGCAAAAGAAGCAAAAACUAUGGACAAACGUUUAAUACUAAUCACAGCCAAAUCCUGAAAAGGCUCAACAUAAUAUACCUUACUAUAAGGAGGGGAAACCAAUACAUGCUGUUUGUGUAUAACAUUUUCCUCAUGGGAAUAUGGGCCAGUUGACUGUAAUAACACUCCAGGAAAUGUAGUCUGCAGGAGUGGAGGACGAGAGAAAGGGUAAGUUGUUACUAGUUUACUGGCUAAGUGUUUUAGUAUGUUACUUUCUGCUUUAAUCAAAUUAAAUGAACAUGAUUAGUGUUGAUUAAUUAUAUCAAAAAACAUUUAAACAUUUUUGUGAGCUGUAUGCCGCAUGUAACGUAAAAUCCAGACCCCAUUUAGUCGACUGGUCGAUUGUUUGGUUGAUAGGUUGUUGGUCGACAGCUGUUUUUAGUCGAGCAGUCGCAAUAUAAUUUUAAAAAAUCAUGGCACAUGAGACACCAGUCUGCUCCUGUCUCAGUGGACUAAUCCCAUUGUGAAGGCCACAGGGAUGACACAGUGUCACAUCUGCUCCUGCCACGCCCUCUUGUGUUCAUCCGGUGUCUCCUUGACCAUAAUCAAGACCUCUACAAAUACUCAAUCCUGCUACUUCCACUCUGCCAGAUCGUAAUCGCUAUUCAGUCAGUCAUGCGUUUAGCUAUUUGUUAUUAUUUAAGAUCCUGUUUCCUGCUGUGCCUGUUUCCCUGCCUGAUGCUGUUUAUCCUCUCACUGUAGUUUUGCCACUCUGACUCUGCUUCCUGUCUCCUGUUCCACAUCUCACCACCCUGCUACCCUGUUCUGGAUUCAGCUCACUACCACUCCCUUGGAUUCCGCUCCGGACCGGUUUACCCUGUCCCAACCCAGCUCACUCCAACCUCAGCCUCCACAUCUGGUUCUCUGCAACCCAUCCGAGCCCUGUGUUACAAUAAAUAUCUUGGUUCAUUCA